AUGCCUAGGUACGCCAAAGACCAGGACAUCGACUUCAAAAACGCCAUUGAAAGAGUUGCCAUUGUCGGCGCUGGAGGCACAAUUGGAUCGCACAUUGCCAACGCCCUUCUCAAAACCGGAAAACACAAAGUUACGGCCCUGUCCCUCAAAGACAGCGGUAACAAACUGCCAGAGGGACUCUCAGUCGCCGUAGUCGACUACGAUUAUGAGGCCACCAUUCUUGCCGCCCUCAAGGGCCAGCAAUUUCUAAUCAUAACCAUGGCUCCUACUGCUCCGCGGGAUACCCACAGCAAGCUCGUUCAAGCAGCCGCCAAAGCCGACGUUCCCUACAUCAUGCCAAACGGGUACGGCGCCGACAUUGACAACAUCAAACUCGGCGAGGACACGCUAUUGGGGCCUGUGGCCAAGGCCAACAGGGAUGAGAUUGAGAGUCUCGGUAUGCAGUGGAUCGCGGUCUGCUGUGGGUUUUGGUACGAUUACAGCCUGGCCGGCGGCGAGGCGCGCUUUGGAUUCGACUUUGACAAGCGUUCCUUAACGGUGUAUGACGAUGGUAACACCAACAUCUCUACUUCAACGCUAGCGCAGGUUGGGCGCUCUGUGGCCAAAGUACUGAGUCUGAAAGAGCUGCCCGAGGAUCAAAACGAUAAGAGCCUUACACUGUGGACGUUCCUCAACAAGGGCGUAUACAUCAAGAGCUUUGUAGUCAGCCAAAACGACAUGUUCGAGAGCGUCAAGCGGGUCACCGGUACAACUGACGCUGACUGGACGAUAGCUUAUGAAAACACCAAAAAGCGAUACAAUGAUGGCCUAGCGCUAGUAAAAGCGGGCAACAUGGCUGGCUUUGGAAAAUUGCUGUAUGCAAGAGCGUUUUAUCCGGAUGAGUCUAGUGAUCUCUCCGGGAAGGCGCAGAAUGAAUUGCUUGGAUUACCAGACGAGAGUCUGGGUGAGGCUACCAAGGCUGGGAUAGAUUUGGUCAAGGAGCUACAGCUUCGUGUUGAGCGUAUGGCGUCGUAG